AAACUUUAAGUUACUCAAGUAAGUGAAAUAAAAUCAAAUUAUACGGGGUGAGAUACUUUGGAAAAAAGCCAAUAAUUUCAUGGCUAUAUAUGCAACUGCCAGUCUGCCACUUUGCAUCAGAUCCCACAAUUUAAAAGUAUUACAAAUUUUUCUGUUUUUUACUUCAUGCUAUUGUGAUGCUAAUUACUAAAUGUCUAUUAUUGGUACAAUAAACAGUGUUCACACACAUUUUCUCCCUUCUCUCUAAGAUAAUAAUUUUUCUUUCCUUUUUUACAAAAUAAAUUUACUUCACUCUUCCAAAUUAUAUGUCAUUUAUCUUAUCUCAUUAAAAAACCUAUUAUUGAUUUGGCAUGCACUCUGCUAUCCCAACCUACCUAUAUAAUAGUGAAAUAAAAGUGGUAAAAUAAACUAUAGAGAGGCAUUCAAGAGCUUGCACUCGUCUUUUGGGUUAAAAUGGAGGAGAUUGAAGUUGGAAAUCAUUCAAAAACGAAGGAAGUCAUUGUUAAGCCAAAAGUUAAGAUGAACAAAUAUGCUCUUGCUUGUGCUCUCUUGGCUUCAACCAAUUCAAUUUUGCUUGGCUAUGAUAUUGGAGUAAUAAGUGGGGCAAUCCUGUACAUAAGAGAGGACCUAAAACUAAGUAAAUUCCAAGAAGAAAUCUUAGUAGGUUCCCUUAACGUAUGCUCACUCAUUGGCUCUCUAUUAUCCGGCAAGACCUCGGACCUCAUUGGCAGGCGCUACACCAUUGUCCUUGCAGCCUGCACCUUCUUCGCCGGGGCCUUGCUCAUGGGGCUGGCCCCGUCGUACCCUUACCUAAUGGCAGGUCGUGUGGUGGCCGGUAUAGGAGUAGGCUACUCCCUCAUGAUUGCACCCGUUUACACGGCUGAGAUAUCACCAACAAUGACACGUGGAUUCAUGAGCUCAUUGCCUGAGGUUUUCAUAACUGUAGGAAUAUUGUUAGGGUAUGUGGUCAAUUAUGCACUUUCAGGGAUACCUAAUAAUUGGAACUGGAGGGUGAUGCUCCUGUUGGCGGUUGUUCCCUCUAUCGGUGUUGGAUUGGGGGUGUUUUUUAUGCCUGAGUCGCCUAGGUGGCUUGUCAUGAAGAAGAGGUUGAGCGAGGCGAAAACAGUCUUGGUUGCAACGUCUGAAAAUGAAGAAGAAGCUGAGGUUAGACUUGGAGAGAUCACUAGAGCAUGGGAACUUCAUGAAGCAAGCAACUUUGUUGGGCAAAGUGUAUGGAAGGAGCUACUUUGGAAGCCAACACCAGGGACUCGCCGGAUCCUCAUCGCAGCCAUCGGGAUAAACUUCUUCAUGCAGGCUUCCGGGAAUGAUGCCGUGAUUUACUAUCUCCCUGAGGUCUUUAGCGCUGCUGGAAUCAAGAAGAAGAAGCUGCUCUUUGCCAUCAAUGUGAUCAUGGGAACAGCUAAAGCUACCUUUGUUAUGAUAUCAGCUCUUGUCUUAGAUAAAUAUGGUAGGAGACCUCUUCUGUUAUUGAGCUCAGCUGGUAUGGCUGUGUCCCUAUCAACUUUGGGCCUUGGGUCCAUGUUUCUUAGGGCUUCAGGCCAUAAGCCUAGUUGGGCUAUUGUUGUAAGUGUGAUCGCGGUCUGUGCUGAUGUGUCAUUUUUUUCUGUCGGGCUUGGCCCUAUAACUUGGGUGUACUCGUCGGAGAUUUUUCCGAUGAGGCUUAGGGCCCAAGGGACGAGUUUGGCGGUCUCUGUAAAUAGGUUUGUCAGUGGGGUUGUGGCAAUGACAUUUCUGACUAUAGCAACAAAGAUAACAUUUGGGGGUAUGUUCUUUGUUUUGGCCGGAAUUAUGGUGUUGGCGAUGGUGUUUUUCUUCUUCACUAUACCGGAAACUAAAGGGAAGAAUUUGGAGGAUAUAGGGAAACUGUUUGAGAAUAAGAAAACUAGUGAUGAAGGAAGAGAAAUCAGGGAGGCUUGAAAAAACAUAUAGUAAAAAUACUCUGUAGUAACCUUGAUAUUUGAUCGAAAUGAUCCAUGUACCAUGUACUUAGACUACAUCAGAGAAUUUUUAGCAAUGUAAUGUUGAAUCAAAAUGUAAUAGGUAGUUCGAAUCAGUAGUUAAAGACCUCUACAUCAUAUGUAGAGAAUCAAGUCCAAGCUAAUUGUAAAUUUGUAGUUCUGUAGCCAACAGGUUGAUAAUUUAGAUGUCAU